UAAAGUAAGGGUAAUAACUCCUACGAUUGUUGUAAAGGUUAAAAUGACAUUAUAUGUGUAAAAUGUUACUGUGUCUAGUUUGGGGGUAAGUGCGCAAUACGUUGUCGUCCUUUAGCUGUACCCAUAGGCUUUGAAAAAGUACACGUUAGGAAUUGGGACUUUUUUAGGUUUCUCUGAGAAAAAUGAGGCCUGGUUGUAUUUGUGAGGAGCCCUUUUAAGAUAUUCAAGAUUUAAGUCUGUGAUUUCAGGGACUAUCAAUGGACACCCAAAAGGACGUUCAACCCCCCAAGCAGCAGCCGAUGAUAUAUAUCUGCGGAGAAUGUCACACAGAAAAUGAAAUAAAAUCCAGGGAUCCAAUCAGAUGCAGAGAAUGUGGAUACAGAAUAAUGUACAAGAAAAGGACUAAAAGAUUGGUGGUUUUUGAUGCUCGAUGAAACAUGGAAUUCAGAGGAUUAUCUUCAUUUGUACUUGGAUUUGCUGUUAAUGUUGUAUAGCUUUUGAUUAGUGUAUAUAUCUUUACAAAUACAAAUAACAUUUCAUUUUAAAAUCCAUCUUGUAUUUAGAUAUCUAUUUAAUAGUUUCUAUAAAGAAAAGUUUUUUGUUCAAUUACAUGAUUUAUAAUUUACUUUUAUUGUAUAUGUAAUCUGACAGUGAAAGUUUAAAGUGCUUCCCUAAAGCACACUUAAUUAAGGCCUAGAAUCUUUUGGGAUUCUUGUUAAAAAUGAAGUUUUCUAGGGCCCUGUGAAGGUCUGAUUAAGUAAGUUCCUUGGAAACUACUGUUUUACAUCACCAACUGUAAACUCUCCAGCAUCAUUUUGUAUUGAGUAUACCAAUGUGCUUAGCAUGCAUGCAUUAUUUUGUGUUAAAUUUUUCAUUUUACUUGAUGUAGGCCUUCUGUAUGUAUAUAUAAGGCUUGACUAUAUUUUAAAUCUUGGGUGAGGAAAAAGAAACUUUAAUGGUUGCAUCUGUAAGGCAAAAUCAACCCUAAGUAAAGUGGAUGAAGCAGAUUAUUAAGGCAGGUGUAGUUUCUGAGGUAUAAUCAUUAAGGUAAAAAAUUCUGCUUUCAGGAUAUAUAAAGAUAUAAAUAUAUAUAUAUAUAUGGACUUGUUUACACUGACCUAUGGAUAUAUGUUUAAAACUUUUGCCCUUUUGCCUUGAUCUUAGGGAUAUGGAUACUCGAAUACUCCCAUUUGUUCCAGGAUUCCAUCAUUAUGGGAUGUCAUCUGACAUUCAUUUUGAAGAUUAGAUAUAUUCCAUCUUCACUAUUAGCUAUGUGUGUCUCUGACAUUCAAAAAAUUAAGUGCCAUUUUAAAAAAGCACCUGUAGGGGCGCCUGGGUGGCUCAGUUGGUUAAGCAACUGCCUUCGGCUCAGGUCGUGU